AUGGAUUCUAACCUAAUUGUGGACCCCAGCAGCACGAUCAGCCAUGAUCAAGUCUUAGGCACGAAUACGGACUGCAUAAAGACACAUCAACUUUCGUCGCCGACUCCACAUGCUGCGAUCAGACUUCCUGUCGAGAUACUCCGCGUUGUCGUGGAGCUUACCAUGCCACCGCCUCUGCGUUUCUUAAAUUCGACCAUCAUAUCUCGCGACAAUCGUUACUCGCGGUAUUGUACGCUACUUACGCUCAGGAAUCUCGUGCUAGUAUGCAAGUACUGGUAUGAUGUUGGCAUCAGCCUCCUCUACCGUCGUGCCGUCAUUCUGCGGAGUGAACAACUUUUCAUACUCACACGCGCCGUCUCAAGGAACCACAGCCUCGGCAAGAUGAUCAUAUCUCUGCACCUGGAAUGGGUUCUUUCAGUGUCGCAGCUCGCUACGGUCUCAACAGCUGCCAGAAGCCUCUUCGCGGUCACCCCAAACCUCACCCAGAUCACCCUUGCACCCAUGAUGAAGAGACAACCUUUCCUUAGUCUAGCGUUUCUCCGUCUGCUCACUCUCGCACAGAACACCCCCUCCCGGACCACGGAUCUGCAUUUGCGCAUCACUCGUAUGCUUAAAUACACUCUGGAACUCAUGCCAGCUUUCACAUAUCUCACUACUUUCCACAUCGAUGUGAUCCUCAGAGAAAAUGACGAACUCCCAACUGAACACCUGCAUCUUCCCUUUCUGGAAGAACUGCAAAUUACUUGGAAUUCGUCUGAACACGGCAUCAAAGUCUGUUCUGCACUGGCUGAGAUUCUCACCCUUUCCUCUCUCCGACGUCUGCUUUUAACAUCACAAGCUCUUGAGGACGGGAUGUUCUUUGAGCCAUUGUUGCGUAAAUUUGGGCCUGGUCUCCACUUCAUCUCAUUGGUUAGGCCUUAUAUCCACGAUCGCUACCGCGUUUACUACGACUUUCGCCGCCCCAUUCCCCUUGCGCCAUCGCUUUCCAUGUGUCCAAAUUUACGCCACCUCGUCAUGGACACGUGUAUCCCAAUACAAGUGCCUGCGCAUGCACACUUGACAUGGGUAGACUUAUGGGCUCCGAGACAAUGUUUGGAUCCGGGCGAACAGUCAGCCGUAACGCUAGUACCUCAUGACGAGAGGGCUAAGCUCCCUUCAUUGCGGGGGGUGCGGUUACUCGACAUGUCACUGUUCUCAUACAGUGAUGCGCGCACACCACUCCUCAUACCACCAUAUACGGUUCGGAGUACAGAGAGCGUUGUUUGGAGCUAUCCGAGUCUGCAAUUGCGCCAUGAUUCCGGUUUGCUUUAUCGACAGAACCUGAUUGACGAUGACGAUGUUGUACUAGCUCAGAGUCUGGAGCAACGAUUGUGA